UUUGUCGAUGAAUGAGUUAACGGGUUCGAUUCCAGAAGGUUUUGGUGAAUGGAAGAAUCUAACCAGUUUGGUUAUGUAUCGGAAUCGAUUGUCAGGGAAGAUACCAGCUAGUAUUGGUUUACUUCCAUUGCUUACUGAUAUUCGGUUGUUUGUAAAUGAUUUGACUGGUGAACUGCCAACAGAAUUGGGGUUGCAUUCGAAGCUUGUGUAUCUUGAAGUUAAUGACAACAAACUCUCGGGAAAGUUGCCAGAGAAUUUAUGUUUUGGUGGUGAGUUCUAUGGGAUUUCGGCGUUUUCGAAUAAAUUUACUGGUGAAUUACCAAAGUCGUUUGCGGUGUGUCCAAGUUUAACUCAUGUUAUGCUGUAUAAGAAUAUGUUGGGUGGUGAGGUUCCAGCUAGUUUUUGGUCGCCAGUGAAUUUGUCGUAUGUUCAAAUACAUGAUAAUAUGUUCUCGGGGGAUCUUCCAGAUAAGUUGAGUUCGAGCUUAAAGCGCUUAGAAAUUGAGAACAACAGGUUUACAGGGAGGAUCCCUUUGGACAUUGCGAGUUCGGCACAAUUGGUGGUGUUCGAUGGAAGCAACAAUCUCUUUACUAGUGAGAUACCUACGGGGCUCACUGCUCUUUCUCUACUUACUUCUCUUUCUUUAGAUGGCAAUGAAAUUUCUGGUUCAAUUCCUUCAGAUAUAAUGUCUUGGAAGUCACUAAAUACUUUAACAUUAAGCAGAAACCAAAUUUCUGGUGAGAUUCCUUCGAAAAUAGGUUUGCUUCCUAGUCUUACCAAGCUUGAUUUGUCUGAAAACCAGAUAUCUGGUUCAGUUCCACUUGAGAUGGGCAACUUAAAGCUAAAUUUCCUUAACCUGUCGUCAAACUUACUCUCUGGGAAGAUCCCAUCUCAAUUAGAAAACCUGGCAUUUGAAGAUAGCUUCCUCAACAACUCUGGCCUUUGCUCUAAUGUUGGAAUUUCAAACCUUAUGUCCUGCAAUUCUUUGUCUAGUCGAAGUUCACGUAAGCUCUCACCAAAAUUUAUCGUUUUGAUUGUAAUUGUGGUGGUUGUAGUAAUGAUACUUCUUUCUGUCAUCUUGGUAUUGGUUGCCAUAAGAAGUAUACAUAAGCGUAAAGAAGACGAUGAAGAAGAUUCCACUACAUGGCAGGCAAUACAAUUUCAAAGAUUAGUGGACUUUACUGAAUUGCAGAUUUUGUCGGGUUUAAUAAAAAGUAACUUGAUUGGGAGUGGAGGGUGUGGGGAAGUAUACAAGGUUUCCAUUAAUCAUCCAGAUAAGUUUGUUGCAGUUAAAAAGAUUUCAAGUAAAGGGAAAGUGGAUUCGAAACAUGCAACACAGUUUCAAGCAGAAGUUGAAAUCCUUGGAAAUAUUAAACACAAUAAUAUAGUGAAAUUGAUGGGCUAUAUGUCAAGUAAGUAUACAAAGCUUCUUGUUUACGAGUACAUGGAUAAUGGUAGUUUGGAUCAAUGGUUACAUCAGAGGAAUAUUGGGAAUUUGAAGCAAAGGAGAACUUUGGAUUGGCAGAAGAGGUUCAAUAUUGCGGUAGGAGUUGCUCAAGGACUUUCUUACAUUCAUCAUAACUGUUCUCCACCGAUUAUUCACAGGGAUGUUAAGUCGAGUAACAUCUUAUUAGAUUCUGAGUUUAAAGCAAAAGUUGCGGAUUUUGGGUUAGCUAAGAUAGUUCAGGCAGGAGAACCAUUUUCAGCAUCCAUUGUUGCAGGCACUUUCGGAUACAUUGCUCCAGAGUAUGGUCGGACACUCAAAGUAAACGAAAAGGUUGAUGUUUAUAGCUUCGGGGUGGUACUCUUGGAACUUGUUACUGGACGAAAAGCGAGCAAAGGAGAUGAAGAUAGAAGCCUUGCUGAAUGGGCAUCAGACCGAUCACUUGAAACAUCUUUGGAUCUUUUGCUAGAUGAAGAAGUGAAAGAAGGUUGGAAAAUGGCGGAAAUGACGAGUGUAUUCAGACUAGGGUUGAUGUGUACAAGUACAUCACCUUCCAAUAGGCCUACCAUGUCAGAAGCAUUGCAAUAUCUAGUCAGGCGUUCUUCUUCCCAAGAAGUACACAAGAAGAAAGCCUUGGUUGCAGCUGAUAAUGUUGCUCCUCUUCUUCUUAGUACUCAUUUGCGGACAAGCAAUAUUGGUGCAUAAAUGGUGUCCAGAAUCGGGAAAUCUGAAGAAAUUGGUACAUUUAACUAAGCAAGGAGUCGCUUUAAUUUGGUAUCUGGCACUUCGGAAUUUGGACAAACUUUCAUCUGGAAAAAGGGGUUUUAUCUAAUUUCUAUAGUUUACAUUCCUGGAUGGGUUUGAUCUGUAUCUCCUUGUUUACUGCUCAGGUAAGCAUUCUCACUUGUCUGUAUUACAGCUUAAUAUUCAUACCACACCCCAUUUAGAUUAUAUCUUAAGCAUUUUUUUUCUUCUUGGAAUAUACUCGAAAAAUGGUGGUUUAUUGGGUAGCUAAUUGGAAGUAUAAUGGGGAAUCUAGUAAUCUUAAUUAUGAAAUGUUGACAUCAGAGUGGGUCUGUUGUUGCUUUACUGGCGCAAUCCCCACUUGCAUUUCAAGUUUUAUGGUUUACUUGGCAUAAUUGAAUGCUAGCAUAACAUGAAAGAAA